UCUUGUGACAUAUUUAUCUGACCCAAUCAUUUUGUUCCCGUUAGUUUUUAUAGUUUGUUGAUAUUCGACGUUAAUACCUACUUUGUUAAUAGUUGUCAUUAGACGGGUAGAUGAAAUAAAUGUGAGUGAGGUGACCAAACUACAGUAAUUAGUUGCAUGCCACGUAAAACCCUUGUUCAGUAAUAUGUGUAAAGGAAUCAUUGAUAGACGAAGUGUUUAGUUACAGACAUAUGCUUGAGACCAACUUACUAACUUCUAUACGUUUGACUUCAAUGUAAAGGAAAUUCUUAUGAAAAGAGCGUGACGACUGACCGUUAUAUUUGACUGGUGUCGUGACAAGACGGUACUUAAUUUUCUUUAAUUAAUUGAUGUAAAAAUGAGCAUGAUCACUGCUAUAAGAAAUAAUGAUCGGAAGGAAGAGAAACCACCACACUCGAGAGUUUUUGUUGUCUGCAAUAAACAAUUAAAGGAAGAAGACUUAAGGUUGCGAUUUCAACGCUUUGGUGCUAUCGAGGAUUUGUAUAUACCAAGAGACAGACACACUGGAGAAUCAAAAGGUGUUGCUUAUAUAAAAUACGCAAAGACAUCUUCUGCGGCCGCUGCCAUACAGGAAGUACACAUGAAAGUUUUAAAUAAUGACAAUAAACCAACAAAAGUUAUGGUGGCUGUUAAUAAAAAUGAGAACCCUGCACAAAACGAAAAUGUAGAUAGAUAUAGGCGACUCUUCAUCAAAGUCCAGAAAGAUGCUAGUGAAUCUGAACUCAGGCACCACUUCUCAACAUUUGGACAAAUAGAGUCGAUACACCUACAAAGAGACAAAGUGACCGAUACAUGUAAAGGUUUCGCAUACGUCCAAUAUAAAACUUUCUAUGAUGCAGCUAAAGCUUUUGAAGAAUGUGAUAAGAAAUAUAGACCAGUAUUUGCUACACCGAGAGACGAUUUGAAAAGAAGCAGAAAUUGCCUUGAUAUUGAGCAUCAUAAUAUUAACGGAUAUAGUAAUACAAAGAAUAAUCAUAAUCAUUACACUGACAGACACGGCCAGCUGAAACCAGAAUACAAUAACGAAAAUAUGAAUGGGACCAUAACAUGUAGCUCUUACGACUAUAACACUAUCUCAGUUAAAUGUAGCCCACAAGUAGCCAAGAAGUACAUAGAACAAUUAUUUAAUGUUAUACCUGGCAUGGUUCAAUUUCAAUAUUAUUUGGACACAUUUAAUGGAAUUUCCAAAGCCGUUAUAACAUAUGAGGAAAGUAGAUCUGCAGCACAUGCCGUUGACAGGUUGAAUAAAUUUGAAUUUCCGUCUGGGGAGAUACUAACUGUCAAGCCGGAUAAGAAUCCUUUGGUCAAAGCUGCUAAUGAUCUCACAGAUAUUGUCAAUAAUUUUAGAAAUGCUGUUGAUUAUGGUGCACCCGAUAUAAAACAACUGGCCGAAGCGAUUGCUAAAGCGUCCACUUUAAUAAAAGCUUCGACGACAGGUCAGAUUUAUUCACCGAGAGAUCAGCAUGACUACAAUUAUUGUGAUGUUAUUUUACCACCUCACAAACCGAUGGCAGAUAACAAUAGCAGAGUUGCCCAAAGGUUAUUCAUUAUCUGCAAACCCCAGCCUCCGCCGAUGUCGACUUUACAAGAUGUGUUCUGUCGUUUCGGAGAUCUCAUUAAUGUUUCCACUAUACCAAACAAGACAUUCGGGUUUGUUAAAUACGCCUCUGUGAAUGCCGCACAGGAAGCGAUGAGAGUUCUUAACGGAGCUACUGUCACUGGUGUGAAGUUAAAAGUUUUAGAGGCUGAUGAGAAGCCCAACAAGGAAGAUAAAGUAGGUCAAACGGAACAAGCAGAGAACACAGACUAUGAUAUGGACAGCAAGAGAAUGAGACUAGACGACAAAGACUAGCCUAGCACAGUUUAGUUAAUGACUACACCUCUGUGAGCUGGACUCUCUUUUGACAUUUAAGGAUGAAUUUAAAUAUUUUAACUCUCAACUUUAUUAUUACAUGACUUAUUUUUUUACCUAACGCUAUUUAUCUUAUAUUGUGUCCUCUAUCCUCAUUGUACAUACAAUCUUUAUAUUUUUUUUACUCUCAUCUUGGCAAUCUUAUAAAUUUUUGUUCUUCCAUAUUCUUAUUUUAUUUUUUUAUUUUGUAUUUAAAAAAAAAAUAUAUUAUAUUUUGUAAAAUAAAAACAAAUAAAUGAAAUUAUAGUGCAA